AUGGCCGAUGAUGAAGCGGUGAAAUCGACGGCCACCGCCGGGGCGUCGUCGGGUAAAUGGGCCGCGGGUCCAUUCCGGCAGAGAACCGUCCUGGUCGGUUUGCUGAUCGUGAGUGCGCUCUGCUGUCUCAUCGAGUGUAACGAUGUCAUCACAUCCAAGGGGGAGUCACCGUCGCUGCCGGCGAAAAACACGGUGAUGGCCGUUUUCAGCCCGAUGACCAAAUCGCCCGGCCCGUGCCGGUAUCUAGUCGGGACGCGGAAGCAGAACCAUCAGUGCCGGCGCGACAUCGGGCUGCCGGAAGCGAUCAAAGAGGCGCGCCGGUUGGCCGUCACGCACUGCGAGGAGCAAUUCCGGUACGACCGGUGGAACUGUUCGAUCGAGACGAGGGGAAAGCGAAACAUUUUCAAAAAGGUUUACCGGGAGACGGCUUUCGUGCACGCCCUCACGGCGGCCGCCAUCACGCACGCGGUGGCACGAGCCUGUGCCGAAGGCCGGAUGACCAAGUGUCAGUGUGCGUCGGAGCGGAAACCGGAAGCGACGCGGCUGGCGUGGCGCUGGGGCGGUUGCAGUGACAACGUGAAGCACGGGAAGCGCGUGGCACGGAAUUUUCUCGAACUGCAGCAACCUCUGGACGACGAUCCGGUGCUGGAUAUGCUACGCCACGACAGUGAGGUUGGCAUACAGGCCAUUACGAGUGCGAUGACGGACCGGUGCAAGUGCCACGGAGUAUCCGGCUCGUGCUCGAUGAAGACGUGCUGGCGGCGGCUGGGCGACUUCAACACGACGGCCGCCCUGCUGCGCACCAAGUACCACCUGGCCAUACGGAAGAUUCCGGUGAACAACAAAACCACGCGCCGUUCGGCCCCGAGAGAGUUUCGUCCCAAGGAAACGAUCUAUGAUCAGCUGUACUACUUCGAGACGUCACCGACGUUCUGCUCGGUGACGCGUGGACGUCGUUGCCUGCAUCCGGACAACUGCGCCACGCUCUGCUGCGGUCGUGGCUACACCACCAAGGUGAUCAAGAGUAUCGAGAAAUGCCGCUGCCGCUUCACUAAUGGCCGCUGCUGCCAGGUGGUGUGCGACUACUGUGAGAAGUACGAGGAUCGGUACUACUGUAAAUAGCUUCCCGGAUUGGCGACGGCCGGGAUCGAUCGUGCGCUUAUUUAUUAUCCCCACGUCACUUCGUCAACCGUAGUCACUUCGUAGC